AUGGGUGCCAAGGGAUGGGAAGUGCUGUCGUGGAUGGCAGAGAUGGCGGACGUGCUGUCUGACUUCGGCGCGCUGGAGAAAGGCCGCGACGUCGAGAUUUUCUUCGUCGAUGACGUGCGGCAGCAUGGCGUUGAGAGUCGUCGUAGGGUUCCUGCGCUGCCAAGGGUGGUGAGGCCCAGUCAGCCACGUCCAGUGCCUUUUGUCGCGUCCCCCAAGGCAUUUCUGUGCAGAGUUCCAUGGCGUAGAGUUCGUCAGCCUUGGCUCAGUGCGUCCUCUACGGCCAGUGCGGCAAGGACAAGGAUACCGGGAGGCGUCUGCCAUCCAGCCAACAUCGAAAGCACACUUCUCCAGAACGCGUGUCCCGCGCUGCUCGACUCUGCGGGCGAGCCGGUGCCUGCCUGCUGCGACGCUCACCAGGCGGGGUCGUUCAAAUCUCAGUUCGGUAAACUCGUCAAACUCGGCCUUGGCAGGGACAGCAAGUGCUUCCGCAACUUGCAGAACCUCGUCUACCACGCGUUCUGCUCGCCGCAGCAGUCCCAUUUCGUCGCCGUCUUCGGCAACAGCGCCAAGGGGAAACGCGAGCCUUCGGCCACAGAUAUUGUCUACGCCGUGGAAAGAAAUUUCGCCGAGGUAGUGUACGCUUCCUGCAAGGACGUCCGCACCCAAAUUUUCGGCAUCAAACUGUUGUACUACAUGUGCGGAAAGUACGGCUCCAGCAAAUGCUCACCUCAGCGCUUCCUCGACUUUCUGGGCGCCAGACCUUCAGAGGGAGGCUACUCGCCGCUCAAGAUCCGCUACGUAAUCGCGGAGGCUCCUGUUAAGGUCAACGGCAAGACGCUGGAGCCCUUCAAAGCAGACGUCUUCUGAUCGGGCCGGAGGAAGCUGGUGCGCGCUGCGGGCGACUGCACCGACUCUCAUUUAAGAAAUAAAUUGCGAGACUCGAAAGAGUA